CAUGACUGUACAGUGCCAUUAUAUUUUAUUCUAAAUAAGCUGGGCACUCCCUUUCCCCUCCCCCUGAGACAAAUGGAAGCCAUCCUGAACUUAUACCAAGCCUCCCCUCUUUAUCCUACCCCCAUUUAUACCCUGCAAUUAAGUAAAAUAAUCUCAAAUGACAGAGAGCGUCUCUUGCGAUGAAAUAAUUAUGAAGUAUUGUGCACUCUCGCACCCCUCUCAGCAUGCACACGCACAGAUCUUGAGCUUUCACAAGCUGGCAUGUGUGUGCAUGACUGACAUGUUCACUUGAUUGAAGGUAUGUUUCCUUCAUGCCCCCUUUCUGCUGCACUGGUCACAUAAUGCCUAGCUCUCCCUACUGAAAAGGCCUUCCAAACAUAUAGCACAGUGAUCAAGCCCUCCAGCACUGAACCAGUUAAUUAGCAGUACAAUUAGGCAUGCAAAUAAAGGCAUUGUUUGGUAGCUUCUCUUGAGAACAACUGUUUGUUUAGAGAGUGCUUCUCUCUCUAGGAGCAGGGGACAGAAGGACGAGAGGUGCCACCAUCGCGGCAUUAAGCUUUAUUUCCUGCACUUUCCUCCUGUCUUGAAAGGCUUAAAGCUGUGGAGACACAAAAAGAAUACAAUGUGCAAAUCAGCUUGCAUUUGCAUAAUGUCUCCUGCCUUGAAUAUGCAGAUGAGCUCUAUAAUUUAUGAGUGCUGAUGUCUGGAUGUUUUUUUUCCGGUGAUUUGCGGGGAAGGGUUUGAGUCUUCUUACUGCAAGCUCUGCACCGACUCUUCCAAACCUGAUUUUUGUUAAUAAAUAUCAAACCCUUUCCCUUUUUAACUUUUACAAUCACUCUCUCUUACCUGAAUCCUUUUUUUGAAUCUUUUGCCUUUCUUUUCUUGUCUUUAUUAAUCCCAUUUUUCUCUAUUGGAUGCUGAGAAUGGCACUGACCAGAGCCUUAGGAGCAUUAAGAGUCUGAUCUGAACCAGAGCUGUGUGCAGUGAGAUUCCAGGACUCGGAAUUGGAAUAGCAGGAUGUUGGCUGCUAUACCUCGGUGAACAAGUUUACAUAUAUUUGGCAAUACAGCUGUAUUUCUGUAGUACAGGGGGAUUGUGCAGGAGCUGGAGGAGUUGCGUGAACUGGUGCUGAAUAAAGAACAGCUUGUGCAGCAUCUACAUAGCCAGCUGAGAGAUGCCAUCCACAACCAAGAACUGAGUCGGAUGGAGGUUCUUGAAAAGGAUACCAAACUGCAGGAGCUACAGGAGACCAUCACUGAACUGCACCAGGAGAUUUCCCUGAAGGACUCAAAGGCAGUAAUCCAUUUGCAGGAAAAGCACUAUCUGGAGAAUCAAGUCAAGGCCCUGAGCCAAGCAGUAGCCAAGCCUUCAGCAGACCCUCCACUGUUGGAUUCAAGCUCAUCGCUGUCCAAAACAAACAUGUUUUUAAAAACAGAGUUGCACCAUAGAGAAGCAGAAUUGAAAAUUGCUCAGAAUGAACUUCAUACACUGCAGAACACAAGAGAUGUACUUUCUUCUGAGUUGGAUGCUCAGGAGCAGCAGAUGUACAGGUUGCAGAGGGAGCUGAGGGAGAGGCAGGAAGAGUUAGAGCAGCGACACAGCCGCAUACAGCUGCUUCACAUGGACCUGCAGUCAGCUGGAAGCCAGAGAGAUGAGGCCCAUAGACAGCUCUCCGAAUGUAAUCUGCGCCUCUCCUACCUUGAAGGAGAAAACUUUGCCUUAAAAGUCCAUCAGCGUGAGCAGGAAGUGGAGCUGGAAAAACUGAAAACAGAUUCUGUAUUAGUGCAGAGGGCAGAGAAGCCACAGUCAACAUGGGAUUUGGAACACAGAAGGGACUUGGAGCUAAGACUUUCUAAAGCUGAGGAUCGUGUGCUGCAGAAUCAGGCAGUAAUACACCAACUGCAAGCAGAGCUUCAGGACUCUUCUUUUACUGUGGGUGGUUUGCAGAAACAGUUGCAAGAAGCAAAAGCAGAAGCAGUGUCCCUCAGAGGGAAAUACAGUAACUCUCAGAAGGGGGUGUUGGAAUUGCAGGAGCAGGUCAUGGAUCAGGAGCAAAUAAUCAACGAUUUGCAAAGAGAGAACAGCUCUGCAUUAGAGAGUCUGCAAAAAGCCAGAGAACAGGUACUUAAUCUUGAGCAGUCUCUACAAGAGAAUCAAGAGGAACGAUCAAGGCUUCAAGAACAUUGUCAGCACCUAGAGCAAGAGACAGGCACUCUACAUGCUGAACUGGAAACCCAGGGCCUGACAUUGACUGAGCAGAGCAGUCAGCUGAACCAAAAAGAUCAGCAGGCGGAGCGUCAGAAUAGAGAGGUUCAAGCUUUGCGAAAGCAAAUACAGUUUGCUGAGGAUGAGGCCUUGCAGCAUAAAGCAGCAAUUUGUAGCCUUAGAGAAGAUCUCACAUUAUGUCGCACUGAAAAGUUAUCUCUAUCAGAGACCAUUGUAAGGCUGGAGAGAGAGCUGAGUAACAGCAAGGCUCAAAGAGACGACUUGGAACAGGAGAUACAUUUCCAAACCAGAACUGUAGAACAGCUGCAGGCUAAGGUAUCUGUCAGCCAGUCUGCAGAGCAGAGCACAUAUGAGAAGAGUUUGAAGCUCCAAGAGGAAAUAGAUAUGUUGCAGAGCAAGCUUCAUGAUCUUCAAAAGGAGGUAUUUCUAGCUGAGCAGCGUAUAAAUGCAGCACUAAGUGAAAAAGAGUCUUUACAACUUGAUGUCAGUAGGAAGGAUACAGAGCUUCAAGCUCUGAAACAGCAAUUGCAGACUUCACAGGAUGCCCUAUAUAAAGCUACACAGGAGAUGGAUGAAUAUAAGCAGGAGACAGAUAGACAGGUGGAAGAGAAAGAGAACACAAUUAAAUCUCUGCAGCAGGAACUCUCUGAACUACAGGAGGAAUUUGGAUCUUGCAAAGGACAGCUGUUUCAGUGCCAGGCAGAGGUGGAACAGCAGAGACAGGAGCUGGCAGCAGCAGCAGAUGGAAAGAAUGAGAGUGCAAAGCAGCUCUCACAGCUUAGCAGCAAAAAUGAGAACCUGGAACUGGACCUCACCCUCCUGAGUGAGAAGCACAAGGCUGCACAAAAAGAGGUAUCCACUCGUGAUCAGUCGAUACUAAAUCUUCGUGCAGAUCUCAUGGCUAGAAAUGAAGAACUGCAGCAAGUGAAAAAUGAGCUUAUGGAGACUAGUGAUGAGUUAAGCAGUGUCCGCAUUAAACUCAAGAAUCUCCAGAGUGAUGUGCGAAGCCUCCAAGAAAUUUGCACAGACCGGGAAAAUGCAGUCAGUGAAAAGGAAAAAUGCAUCAUUGAACUACAAAGAGAAAGAGAGGAGACCAAUGCACAGGUACAGCGGCACCAGAAGGAGAUUAUAUCCUUACGGCAGGCACACCAGCUAGAAGCAGAGUGUUUGAGAAAGGAUACUCUGCGCCUGCAAGAUAAAUUGGAAUCUGUAACCAGGAGAAAGGAGGAUCAAGAAGUUGAGCUUCAGCGUUUAAGAACAAACAGAGAGAGGCUAUCACAGGAUCUGGAGCUGGCGCAACAUAUGCAACUGCAGCUGGAGGAGAAGUUGUCCCAGCGAGAUGCGGACUUGCGUGUGCAAGGGGAGGAAGUUCAGCAAUUGCAGACCCGGCUGUGGGAAGCAGAAGAGAGAGCACUGAAUGCUGAGAAUCAGAGUGGCUCUUCACUUAGCAGUAUGGAACUCUACCGCAGUAAAUACCAGGCUUGUGUGGGCCGCGCUGGGGAGCUUGAGAGCAAUGUCAGACAGAUGGAAGAUGAAGUGCAAGAAUUAAAACUUGAGGUGGCUGAGAGAGAUGCACGCCUUUCUGCCCUGCGAGGAGAGCUGCUGGUUAUGCAGCAGGAGCUAGAAAGCAAAUGUUCAGAGCUGGAGAGUUGUGAGGAAGCCAUUGAUCAGUUAACACAGGAACUUCAGGCCACACAAGCAGACCUAAGCACAAGCCGCAAGCAAGCACGGGAGAAUGAGGAAAUGCUUCAGUCAGUUAAAGAACGUGCAGCAGGGUUACAUGGACAGGUAGUAGAACUGGAAGAGGACCUAGUGAAACUGCAGACAGAUUUUGCUUCUUAUAAAGCCACUCACAGAUACAGCGACAACAGCUAUGGAGAGCUGGAGAGACUGGUCAUGCAGCUUAACCAGGAGCUGAACCACGUAGAGGCAGAGGUGCAAAGACAGAAGCAGGAGACUGCUCAUAGCCACUCACUUUUGCAUGAGCUGAAAUUGGAUCUAUCUAAAGAAAGAGAGCAAAGAAACAGCACUUUGAAAGAUGUGGAGCGCCUGGAGCAAGAGGUUUGCAGCCUCCGGAGGGACGCAGCAUCACAGAUCCAAGAACACAAGCUUCUGGUUUCUGAGCAACAGCAGCAAAUCCAGAAACUGCAGGAGGAGCUCAGAGAAAGUGCUAAACGUCUUGCUCAGAGGGAACAGGCCAUCCAGAAGCGCGAUACUGUGUUACGUCAGUCUGAGGCUGACCUCCUUAGAGCUCGCAGUUCCCAAAAAUCACAGCAACAGGAGAUAGAGCGCCACCUUGAGUCUGCUCGAGCGAUGGAGAAGAGAUUGCAGAAUUCACAGAAAGAAUGUGAGCAGAGAGAACGAGAAAAUUGUUCCUUAAGAACAGAAAUGCAAGAUCUGAAAAGUGAGCUUAAAGAAACAUAUGCACUUCAUCAACAAGCAGUGCAGGAGCUGGCUGGUCAAGAGGAAAAGACACUUUUAUUAGAGAGCACACUGCAAAGCACCCAGGAGCAGUUAAGUGAGCGCGUGGCUGAGGUUGUGAGACAGGAACAGCACCUGCGCAGGCUGGAAAGUGAAAUGCGCACAUUGAGAGAGAGGACAAGUAGCAGCGAAGAGGAGCUGGAACAGUGCAGAUCAAUAAUGGAACGACUAAAGUGGGAGCUUAAUGAGGUAAAGAAGAAACAUCAGACCUCCUCACAAGAAGCCUUGAGUUUGCAGCACUCAGUUAGUAAACUUCAGCUUGAGCAGGCCAAUGAGCAGGAGCAAUGUAAAGCUAUGCAGCAGCAGUUACAGGAGCAGAAUGCCAUCCAGAAGAGUCUCCGAGCUGAGCUGGCACAGCAACAGGACAGACAUGAUGAGCUGCAGAGACAACAGCAGCAGAGCAAAGAUCGAGAGAGCAUGCUGCAGCGAGAAGUAGAGGAGCUGAGCCUGAAAAUCGAGCACUCUAACAGGCUGUUAGCAGAAAGAGAUCGGGCACUUCAGAGCUUGCAGAAAAGCUACUCACAACUAGAAAGGAGAUUUCAGAAUGCACACGAGGGAGCCAGAGAGGGUGCAGCAGAACUGGAAUUAACCAAGAAUGCUUUGCUACAGACACAGAGGAAAAUCCAAGUCCAGACCCAAGAGCUAAAUCGCUUGGAAGAAUCUUUGUCAUGCUUGCGUUCAGAGGGGGAGGCAGCGCAGAAGAUUGCAAGGGGCCAAAGCCAGGAACUGAGCACAGCACAGGAGAGUGUGACAGAACUGAGAGGUCAAAUGACUGCAGCACAUGCCAAGCAGAGAGAGGCCAUGGAGCAGCUAUCUGAGCGCACCAGGGAGUUGGCAGCUCUGCGGAAUGAGUUACAGCGCAGUCAACAGAGAAAGGCUGAGCUAAAGAGAGAACUUGCAGCACAGGAGGAACGUGUUCAGAGACUGACCGCAGAGGUCCAUUCUUUGCGUGAGCUUCAGCGACAGAAAGAUCAAGAGGUGGAGGUUAGUGAGGGGCGCCGGAGGGAGCUGAACAACCAGCUGCAGCACUGCCAGAGGCUCUACCAAGACAGCUCCCGUGAGCAGAGACAGAGGGAAGAGGAGAUGAAGCAGCUGCAGGGGCAACUUGAUGCCUUGAUAGAAAAAACAAAACAGGAGGGAAUUGAGAAAGAGGCUUUGCAGACAUCAUUCAACCAUCUAAAACAGAAAUACAGUGCGGCUACUAGUGAGCUGGAAACUCUGAGAAACUCUUUGGAAGCAGCAAGAUCUGACUGCCGCCGCUUGCACCAUGAAAGUGAACUGGUCGUGAGCAAUGUAAAUGACUGGGUGAGCGAGCAAAAACAAGCCAGCAAGACCCUAGGAGAGAAGAUCCGGGAGCAGAGUAAACAGAUCGGGCAGCUGGCAACAGAAAAGGACCAUUUGCAGGAGGUGAUAGAACAACUUCACCGAGAGAACAGGCAACUCAGGCAGCAGCUAGACGAGUGGAGAAUAGAAAAUGAACGCUAUAAGCUGACUCUGCAUAAAUCUGACCUGGACAGCAGGAGUCCCAGUGACCUUCUCACUGAAGAUGUGGGGACCCUUCGCUCUGCCCGCCGUGUCUUUACCAGUCUUGGAAAUCUACGGACAAAAUGAUGGGAAAAUCCUUAACAUUUAUAUGAAACCAAUACUGGCACUGACUCACGACUAAAGCUUAUACUGAAACCACUGAGGGGAUUCUGUGCUGGCUGGGGUUUUAUUUAUCAUAUAUAGAGACUGCGGUCAGGCUAACCUGUAAAUAUGUGUAUAAGGGACAGCUGAAUGCCUUGUUCAAGGAAAUCCAAAAGUGAAGCUAUACAGGGGACAUACUAUUAUAAGUUAUUUGAAUCACUUUUUUUUUUUUUUGAAAUGGAUGGUCUUAACACUCUUUUGGAGAAGCAAUACAGGAGGUUUGCACAUUUUAAUAUGUCCCAGAUUUCUGCUUGCUGCAUCAACAUUAAAUUGUUUUUUUUUAAAUAUUUAUAAUUUUAUAAUAAAUUAAUCAGACUGA